AUGUGGGCUAGGAUAUUGUUUGCCCUCGCAUUGAUCGACGCUGUUACAGCUCAAACCACUUACACCGGAUGUCAUAACCAUUCCACCGUUGAAUACUGCUACGGCCCAGAUGGUCAAGAAACACCGUUGGUGACCUAUUCCCUCCCUGUCUCGACAACGCUAUCGACGGCAACGAUCCCUGCACAAGUCUCCGCCACGGCCACCACCACAGAAGAGUAUCCAGCGGUGACAGGCUGCCAUACGCAUGGAUCCCAGAUUUACUGCAUAAAUGGCGAAGGAGAGGAAGUCCUCAUUUCUACGACUGCGACUCCCACAGGAGAAUCGCCAGCUCAAUAUACCGACUGCCACAAUCAUGGUGAAGAACAAUACUGCGUGGGUCCCAGUGGGGAAGAAGUAUUAGUUGUGGCCGAAGGAACCACUUCGUCUGACGAAGAUGAGGGAGAACAAGAGGUGGAUUGUCACUUUCAUGCCGGAGUCGAACACUGUGUACCAGUGGGCGAAUCUGAAAGCAGCAGUUCUGCGUCUUGCGGUCUUCAGGAACGAGACUACGAUAUCCCUCUUCGAAUUGGCACCUUGUUUGUCGUUCUUGUCACCAGCGGUAUGGGGGUCUUUGCACCUCUUUUGCUUGUCAAGAUUCCAUUCCAGAACGUCAAUACCUGGGUUUUCACAAUCGUCAAACAAUUUGGGACUGGGGUGAUCGUGUCAACGGCUUUCGUUCAUCUGUACACUCAUGCAUCCUUGAUGUUCAACAAUGAAUGUCUCGGAACACUAGACUACGAAGCUACGACAUCGGCCAUUGUCAUGGCGGGGAUUUUCCUCGCUUUCCUGUUCGAAUACAUCGGUCAUCGAAUUGUUCUCUCGAGAGCCCCGAAUACAAGGCGAAGAAGGAUGACUUCGAGUGAAUGGACCACCACCGCAGCCUCUUCCGGCAAGGAAACAUCACCGCAAGAUGACUCGGCUAAGAACACGGACAACCAGGCCAAUGGUCUUCCCAGUUCGAAUCCAGAACGCGCCGAAGCGGAGAAUCAGAUCACUCUGGCAAAUCUCGGUCACCACCAUGGCUGCCCCUUCGAUCCAACCAAUCCAAACUCGAAGCUCUCCGUCCUGGUAAUGGAAGCAGGAGUUCUUUUCCACAGCAUUUUGAUUGGGCUCACCCUUGUCGUGGCCGGCGAUUCAUUCUACCGCACUCUCUUGGUUGUCAUCGUCUUUCACCAAUUUUUUGAAGGGCUUGCUCUUGGUGCUCGCAUUGCGUCAGUCCCUCGAGGGACGGCCUCAUUUUGGCCUACCAAAGCUCUCAUGGCUGCAGCAUUUACGCUGAUCACGCCGUUAGGUAUGGCCAUUGGGUUGGGAGUGAUUCAUGAUUUCAAUGGCAAUGAUAGGAGCACCAUCCUGACAAUUGGAACACUCGAUGCCCUUUCCGCCGGUAUUUUGGCCUGGGUCGGUAUGGUGGAUAUGUGGGCCCGGGACUGGGUUGUUGAAGGUGGUGAGAUGACCGGAAGCAAUCUGAGUGUUGCUAGGAUUGGGGUUGGGUUGACAAGUUUAAUUGUUGGGUUUGUUGGGAUGAGUGUUCUGGGGAAAUGGGCGUGA